CAUAUAUAUGAUAAUCUACUCAGUACAAAAUUGACUUGAGUCUAAAAAAAGCAGUACUCCAGCUAGCAAAUUUUGUUCAUAUUCUUCUCAUAAACCUGCUCUCAUCACAUAUAAAUAUUACCUCAUUAUAUCUCUCAUUUCUCACACUUAAUUUCCAUUCUCAAUCAUGGCUUUCUCUAAGCUUCUAGCUGCUUCUCUUCUUGCAUCACUUCUCUUUCUUCAUCUUGUUCAUGCAGCCCAUCAAUCUGAAUAUACAGAAGCAGAAGGGUCUCUUCUUCAGAAAAUAGAUUGUAAUGGAUCAUGUGUUGCGAGGUGCCGUUUAUCAUCUCGACCAAAAUUAUGUAAAAGAGCAUGUGGGACUUGUUGCAGAAGGUGUAAUUGCGUGCCACCUGGCACGGCUGGAAACCAAGAAAAGUGUCCCUGUUAUGCCAGCUUGACUACUCAUGGUGGCAAACGCAAGUGCCCUUAGAAAAACAAAAACUACCUUAAUUGGAAUUUGGACUUAGAAUAUUUUAUUAUAAAUAUCCAAAAGGUUACCAUGGAAAUAAAAAUUAUGUAUUCCUAAGUCACUAUGGUCUGAACCACAUGAAAAUAAAUCUGUACUUUUUCAA